GUGAAAGUGUGUGUGUCUGUAUGUUUGAGUGUGUUUGAGAGGAGCCAAAGGGAAAGGAGAGACAGAGUGGGCACUACAGGGUGAGGAAGACAGAGACGAAGAAGGACUAAAAGAGAGAGAGAGUGAGAGAUUUUUGUGAGAUCUCUGCUUAGGCCUCCCACCCGCACCCCUCACAACCUCCAGGAUGUUUAAGAAAAAGGAGAGUACGCUCCCGAGCAAGACCAACAACAACCAGGCCAGCAGCCUGGCUGUGUUGGUCUCCCACAUGCAAAAGAAUGCCGACCAGGUGGAGAAAGACAUCCUCCGGUCUGAGGAGCUGCUGGUUGUGGAUGCUGAGAAUGACAGGAAAGAGCUGCCCUUCAAGCAUCAGACUGAGAUAUCAGACAAGCUGGGCGAGGCUGAAGGCCUCCUGAAGGACCUUUUCCUGGACGUCGACAAAGCCAAGAAGCUCAAUCACCCACAGGCCAAAGAGAUAGAGAGCGAUGUCACCCGACUCCAUGAGCGCUGGUUGAAGGACUGCGCCUUCUACCGAGACAUCUACGAGCAGAUUGAUGACGUGUCGCUGAUGCCCAUAAUCGACUGGGGGCCUGUCUUAAACCAGAAGCAAAAACAGGUGAAUGUGGAGGAGUACGGCCCCACCAUGGCAGAGCUGGAGAAGCAGGUUGCUGCUCACAACAUCCUGCACAAAGAGGUCGAGGCCUACAACUCGCAGCUCUGCAUCAGUUCCGCAGGCAGCAAGGAGAAAUAUACAGCCCUGAAGAAACAGUACAACAAUCUACUGGACAACUCCAAGUGGCGUCGCCACUACCUGAACAGUCUGUACGAAUACAUGCAGGGCUGCAAUAAAGAACUGGCCUUCCUGGGAGAAGAACAAGAUAAGAUCAAAAAGCAGGACUGGAGUGACCGCAUGGUGGACCCGCCUGACGUCCGCAGGCAGUAUGAGAACUUCAAGAACAACAGCCUGCUGUCCCACGAGAGCGAAGUGAACAAACUCCAGGAUGAAGGAGACAAACUCAUUGAAUUGAAACACCCUGCCAAAGCCACAAUCCAGGCUCAGAAAGAUGCCGUACGAAACGAGUGGCAGAAAUUCCUCAAUCUCUGCAUUUGUCAAGAGACACACCUGGACAAUGUGGAGGAGUAUAAAAGGUAUCAAUUGGAGACUGAGCAACUGUCAGAGACUCUGACCAAACUCAACAACAGCCUGGACCCCAAGUCCAUCAGCAAGAAGAGCAACUCAGAGAUGCUGAUGCAGCUCGAGGCAGAGGAGAAGGCUGUACAGAACAGUGAACAGCUGCUGGCAGACCUGAGGAGACGCAGCACCACCAUCGCUCCUCUGAAGCUGCGACGCAACACCCCCAACCGACCCAUCACAGUGGAGUCCCUGUGUGACUGGGAGACAGAUAAGGCUUCUCUGUCAAGAGGGGACAAGUUCACCCUGAAAUCUAACUCAGACAUCAAGAACUGGGACGUUAUCUCCACUGAUGGGGCAACAAAAACAAUCCCAGGAGUUUGCUUCCAGAUCUCACCACCUGAUCCAGAGGCCAUUGACAAAGUGGACCUGUUGGGUAGUGAACUGACAGACAUCAAGAAGAGAAGAGCUGCUCUGGUGGCCUCCCUGAAGAACAAAUCAGACAUCUCCAGGUCCCAACAAUCAGUCCCAGUGUCUUCUGCCCCUCUGGACCCCAAAGUGGCAGCCUUGGCUCAGCAGCUGGACAAGCUAGACAAUGAACUGACCAGCGCUGAGGAGAGCAUGAUGAGCCGCCUGCGAGCCCCACUGAGCCACAGCGACCCGGCCGGAGAUCUGGCCAAAAGGCUGAGGGAACAGGAGCAAUCUGCCAAGGCUCUGAAGGCUCUGGAGCAGCAGAAGCUGGCAGCUCAGGCUAACCUGCAGCCCCUGCUGUCCCAAGAUCCCAACGGUACUUCUUCUGCACUGCCACUCAAACUGAGUGCUGCCAACAACAAGCACAACAGCAUCACAGCACUUGCUGACCUCUACACCAAAAAAGCAAAUGCAUCUCUCAACCUGGAGGGUCAGAUUAAGAAGGUGGAUGGCCUUGUCUCUGGGUUUGAGAAGAAUCUGAGUAAAGAUGGUCCAGUCCCUGACGUGCCAAAUGCUAUCCAAGCCCGCACUGAGGACAUUCAGUACCAGCGUAAGUCUGUGGCAGUGGCUCAGGACGACAUGAAGAAGCUGAAUCAGGAUCUGGAGACCACAGAGCAGCUGUGCAGCUCUCUGCAGCAGGGCUAUCAGGAAUACUGCCCUGACAUCCAGCGCCAGAGAACAGAGGUCAAGCAGCUGCAGACCCGCUACACAAACGUGGCCAAUCAGCUGAAUGAGAGAGAAAACAUCUUACAAGAAGCUGCAAUCAAGAACCAGGAGUUCCAGAGCACACACAAAUCCCUGAACUCCUUCCUGGACAACCUGCCUACAACCCAGAUUAACUACAAUGAUGAUCUAUCUCAGAUCGCUGCUAAGCAGAGCUCCCAAGAGAGGGUGAUGAAUGACCUGAAGAGGAAGGGAGUUGACAUAGAAAGAGUGUCUGACCUGUCUCAAGACCUGCAGAAUCUACUGAAUGAAUACGAAAUCAAUGUUGACAAAUACAACAGUACACUUGAGGAUGCUGGAGCCACUGUUGCAAAGAAACCCCAUGUGCUCACACUGGCUGAUGCUGUUCAGAAAGGGGAAAAGGAUCUGGUCAACCGUUACACUGAAGUAACAGCUGAAAACACCCAACGACAAAAACAGAUGGGCUUGGCUAAGAAUCUCAUUUCACAAAAUGAAGAAAAAGUCCAUGUGGUGGCAAAGCAACAAGUGCAGCUUGAAAGCCAGCAAAAGAGUACUUUUGAGCUAAACAGUCUGUUCAAAGAGCUGGAGGAAGAGAAGGCAAGGGCAACUCAUGCUGAGACAGACCUGAGAACCUUUAAAGAGAGGAUGAUAUCGUUGAAGAGUCGCCGAGGAGUGGAGCGCCUUGAGGAGAAAGAGGUACUGCAGUACUACCGUGACCCAAAACUUGAAAGUGAUUUGGCUGAUCUGCAGAACACACUGCAUGAAGAGGGCCUGAGACGUAGAACCACCCAGACUGAGGUUGAAGUGUUUAACAAGAAAAUCACCAUCCUGGAGGAAACCCUCAAAAACACUCUACCCAAACUAGUGACCAGAGAGGUGACAGAGUUUGAGAGAGAUCCUCAGCUGGAUGUAGAGGCUGCUAAAAUGAGAGACGAAAUAGCAAGGAUGAGAAAUGAAAUUCGAGUGAGAGAUGGGGAGCAUGUUCAGAUGAAGACAGAAGUCACGAUUCUCCAGCAGAAGAGACCAACCAUCAAAGAGAGGGUGGUUAAGAAGGAAGUGGUGAAAGUGGAACAGAACCCAGAGAUGUUGAGAGCAGUGAGAACAUUUGAGACAGAAAUUUCUGAUGAGAAAAACAAGAGCAAGCUCAUCAACGAUGAAAUCUUCCAGACAAGAAGCCAGAUUAAUGCACUUGAGAGACUGAUUCCUAACAUCCAGCCUAAGGUCAUCACUAAGGAAGUGAAAAAGAUUGAACAAGACCCUGACCUCAUCACUGAAUCUAAGAGGAUUCGAACAACCAUGGAGGAAGAGAGGAUUGAAAACAACUCUUUGUCCAAAGAGCUGAUGGAGCUCCACAGCCGCUAUCGAGAAGUUCAAAACUGGAGACCAAAAGUCGAGGUGAAGGAAAUUGUUAAUGAGAUCUACCGGAUAGACCCGAACACAGAGGUGGAGAUAAUGCGUCUCAGGAAAGACAUACAAGACUCCAGCAAGCAGCGCUCUGAUCUGGAGAGGGAGAUCACCCAGGUCAAGUCUAAUCUGAAUAUCCUUCAUUCUGAGAAGCCCAAGGUGGAGAUGAAGGAAGUUCUCCAAGAGGUGGUUAAGGAGGAAAGAAGCCCUGAAAAUGAGAGAGAGAUAAAGAGGCUAAAUGAUCAGGUGAACCAUUUACACACCUCUUACAAUUCCAUCCAGGACCAGGUGAGACUACUCAGGAAAGAGAGAGAUGAAUUGAAGACUGAAAAGUCCAAGGUAGAGACCAAACUCGUCACCAAAGAAGUCAUCAAGUAUGAAUCUGAUCCUCUGCUGGAGAAAGAAGCUGACCGAUUGAGAAAAGAUGUGCGGGAGGAGGCACAGCUGCGGCGCAGCAUUGAAGAGAUGGUGUUUGAUCUGCAAAACAAAUACAUCCUGUUGGAGAGACAGAAGCCUGAGGAGAAAGUGGUUGUGCAGGAGGUUCUGCGUUUACAGAAGGACCCAAGGCAGUUAGUCGAGCAUGAGAGGCUCAGCAGGAACCUGGAUGAAGAAGCAAAGACCCGGCGUCAGCUAGAGCUAGAGUUGCAGCAGCUAAGAUCAAAGGUGGAAGAUAAAGAAAGGAUCCUCAGAGAGAGUGAUGAGCAUCAAAAGAGGAUUCAAGCCGAGUCUGAACUCAGAGAGAUUCGACUGCGCAUCACACAGCUGGAAAAUGCCCCACCCCCUGUUGAUGAAAGUAUUGUUGUCGAGGAGGUACUGAAGGUUGAAAGAGACCCAAAACUGGAGAGGCUGACAAACUGUGUUCGGUCAGACAUGGACCAGGAAACCAGCAAUAUCCUGCGUAUCCAGAGAGACAUCCGUACCGUCACUCUAAAGCUUGAAAUCCUGCAGAGGGAAAAGUCUGGUGAGAAGACGGUGUACAAAGAGGUUGUCCGUGUUGAGAAAGAUCAGGCUGUCCAAGCAGAGAGGGAUCGCCUGAGGGAACAGGUGUCUCAGCAUAAAUUUACCAGACAGAACCUGGAAGAUGAAAUCAGAUGUCUCAAUGAUAAAAUCAACCUUCUGAUGAGCAGCAAGUCCAGCUCUUCAAGAGAGGAGACUACCCUCAUUUUGAACAGAGAUGCCUUACAGAGGGAGAGGGACAACCUCACUCGGGAGCUCAGGACACUGGAGGCCAAGAGACAUGACAUCAGCCUGUCUUUCCAGCAGCAGAGCAGGCUAGUGAGUGAGAGAACGCAGAUGAGCAAGCACAGGAGUAUUAAGAUGGAGUCUGACACCCAGCGUCUGGAGAGGGAGAUCCUGGAUGAAAAAGACAAAAUCCAUCUACGAGACAGCACCAUCCGGGAGCUUCUGCUGAACCUGCAGAAAGAAGAGCAUGCAGAGACAAGGACCAAAGAAACCAAUGUUUCCACCAAAAUCACCAUUCUGGAUCCAGAUACAGGCAAAGACAUGUCUCCUUAUGAUGCCUUCCUGCAGGGCCUGAUUGAUCGACAACAGUACAUUCAUCUGCAGGAACUGGAGUGUGACUGGGAGGAGAUUACUUCCUUGGGACCUGAUGGGGAGACAUCUCUACUGCAGGAUCGCAAGAGUGGAAAGCAGUACUCCAUCAAAGAUGCCCUGAAGGAAGGCAGGCUGACAGAGUAUCAUCUACAACAGUACAAACAAGGCAAGAUUCCCAUAUCAGAGUUUGCCUUGCUGGUUGCGGGUGACAAUAAGAAGCAACCCCAGUUCAGCUCAAUCGUCCCAAAGUCCACCACAACAGUGAAAUCAGCCCCCUCAGACCUCUCCACUGCUACAGAAAUCUACCCAGUUGCUGGAAUAAUGGAUACAAGCACUGACACCUGCUUUACAAUACGUAGCGCCACCAUGCGUAAACUGAUCGACCCAACCACUGCCCAAAAACUUCUGGAGGCUCAGGCGUCGACAGGCGGCAUCAUUGACAUCAACAACAAAGAGAGAUACACAGUUCACAAGGCAGCAAACAAAGGCCUCAUUGAGGACAGCCAACUCCAGAGGCUACUCAAUGCACAAAAGGCCUUCACUGGUGUUGAAGACCCCAUGACCAAAGAGUGUUUGUCUGUGGGAGAAGCUGUUCAGAAAGGCUGGAUGCCGAAGGAAACUGCCAUUCACUACAUGGAGGCACAGCACCUGACCGGAGGGCUGGUCAAUCCAAACACUGGCCGCAGAGUAAGCAUCUUGGAUGCCAUUGGGUCCAAAAUGAUUGACACCACAAUGAUGAGGGAGCUGCAGGCCGAGACAACCUACAUCAAGGAUAUUGUAGACCCAAUCACAAAGGAGAAGAUCAGCUACAAACAAGCUCUGGAUCGCUGCAAGAAAGACCCAUUGUCAGGCUUACCAAUGCUGCCUGUCUCCUCCAAAGAGUCUGGUUACACUCCAGCAUACAACUCUACUAGAUAUGCAAGAUUCUAGAUAUGUUUACAACAUACUUGUAGUUAUCCAUCUGUUUGUCUGUGGAGUGAUAUGGUAAAAAGAUUUACUAUUAGAUUAUGGGAAAUCCAUAUGAAAUUCUUACAUUAAUUGCAAUGUACAUUUUGACUCAGGAAAAGUCUUCUACUGCAAAGCUGUUUGUCUAGCCAUAGCCAAAAUUAUUGCUGCUGAGUUGCCUUUGUUUACCAAGCAUGUCUGAUGUGGGCAGAUGUUUUUUUGAUUUAAUUUAAAAACAGAGAAUAUAAAUGCAGUUUAUCUUUGAUAUUAUUGUGUUAUUAGGGAUACUGGGACAUGGUGAAAUGCUAUUUACCAGGAUUGAUUUGAUUCUGUAUUACUCAUGGGCUAUCUUUGACGCUGUUCACUUUAAAUUCAAUCUUGUCUGAUACUUUAUGAAAAUACAAAUAUCAAUAAAUGUAAAUUAUAAUGGUUAAA